GUAGGUUAGACCGGUAACACGUUCCUUAGAGUAAUAAUGACAUCCAGAGCGUCUAAAAUUCUGAGUAUGGUGACCAUGAACCAAGCAAAAGGUCUGGGUGAAAACAUCAUAGGGCCGGAGUCUAUGAGCACUAGGUUGUACCAUAAUGAAUUUAGGUCGGAACUAGACAUUUUUUCCGAAUCAGAAUCGACUCACAGAGAAUUUCCAGAAGUGUCUGUUGAAAACAAACAGAAGAGAGAUCACACUCUGAAACAUGGCUCAGCUCGUCUUCAACAUGAAUUGAGGAACGAUCAGCUUCCACUUCCCGGACCGAGUCAUGAUGUGAUACAUCAAGAAAAAGACAGAGGAGGGUCAAGUUCAGAACGAGGUAAUAAUAACUCUGUAGAAGUUUUUCGAACGGUUGCUGGUAAUGCCAGUGUCAGUGAUUUUUCUCCAGAUGAAUCUGAAUAUUUUCCUAGUCAUACUUCUUCUCAUUCUGAAGAAAUAGAUCUCAAUAGUAAUUUUUCUGACUCUGAGGUAUCAAAUUCCAGAAAUAACUUAGUAGGAAUGGAGGAACAUCCAGAGGUGACUAAUAAGCCUAGAAGGAAAAGAAGAAAUCCAGACAAUUGGCCGAGAAAUAUUAGAAAAAAAAGUAGACUUUUAGGAAAGGAAUACGUUACAACGAAAGGGAAAAUAAGACCAGCUAUCCAAAUGAUGCUUCCUUGCAAAGAAACCUGCAGAUUGAAAUGUUACAAUCCCAGAAGCUGAAAGGCUUAACAUUUU